UUCUUCAAGCGACAUUCAAGCGACAUCGGUUGGCUUGGUUGAAGUGACCUGCAUUCUAGGGAAAGGAAAGAAACAUGCCUGUGACGAGAGGUAAAGCGCGGUUGAUGGAGAGCCAGGAGGAGGAAAUGGAGCAGGAAAUACCCCAGCAGCUACCGGAGACGCAAGAUGAAGGAGAGGAUGAAGAGCAACACACUUCGACGGAAACGGAGGCGGCCGAGGUUGACUUGAAGGAGAUGGCCAAGCAGUUAACUAAGACGCUGAAGCACUUGCUGACCACGCACCAGCGACUCGAGAACGACGCGGCUAUGAUCCAGGCUGGAAUGGACGAGCUGCAUCGGAUGCAAGAAGCGCGAGCUGAACGCAUCGUCGGACGUUUGAAGAACGCCAGCUCAACGAUCCUUACCUUUGGAGACACGAGCCAAGGGGAACGCCUCGAAGACGAGGGCAACGACAACGAAGAAGAGACAAUGCACUAGCUAGCGAAGAAGGACCGUACGAUGGAGCUGCUUGGAAACGUCCUCGGAACUCAGACGUAUAUUUCCCGUCAGUCUACAUGCUUUCCGGCACGAUUCUCUACGCUUCUUCUCAGCCCGCUAUAGGACAAAAGAGUUGCAAACCACACAUCUAUCCAGGUGCCUUGCAGGGGUAUCCUCGACACGACGCUAGAAUAUCCGAGCUAAUGAGGCCAAAGCGAGCGCUUUGCACAGGAAUACCGCAUAAUUCUUCCGUGUCGCCUCAAGGUGAUUCAAGUCAGAGCUCACUUCUUCAAUGAGUCGAGGUCGUCCACGUCUUGCAGAUACAGACUCUUGUCCAUGACUGCUGCUGCCGCGUCAACGGCUGGUGAAGCCUUCUCCUCAUCAUCGUCCUCAUCCUCGCUGUGGACUGAGUAAGCCUCGUCAUCAGCAUCAGCGUCAUCACGGAACAACGACGGAUCGUAUGUGAACAGCGCGCGACCACUCACUGAAGUAACAACAGCAACAAGUGCUGGUUAGAAACACCAGAGUGUCCAACAAGCAACACGCAACAAUUGCAAACGUACUGAUGCCACGACCACCGGUCCUCUUCGCCUGUUCCUUCAGCUUCUUGGCCUCCUCAGCCUUCUUGCGAGCCAACUUGUCGGCCUUCCACUUCGCAAGCGUCUCUUCCGUGACAGGAGUACCGCCGUUGGGGCCCAACUUGGCGCGCUGCUGCUCAAUAAUUUCUUCGAUGGAGAUCUCCACGACCUUGUUGCCCUUUUCAAGUUCGCGAUCCUUUUUGGACUUGAAUACGUAGCCAGGAGGAAGCGCGUGACGGUAUCUUCACGUGUUGAGGAUAACUAGUUAGAGAACAAGAAUAAAUGACAAUAAACGCGAGCAUGGAGAUGUUUGACGCACUUGCAAGACGCGCCUCCGUUCGGGCACACCCAGAACCAGCCGUACAGCGACUUCUCGAUAGCAUCCAAGAAGUGUUUGCACACAAUUUCCGUCUGUUUUGUGUUCUUCUCGUGGUGUUUCUCGUUGACCACUUUCUCCAGUUUCUC